AUGAUUAUCUCUCCCAUAGCAAUGUUGAAUUUGAAUGAACCGUCUCUUCAGGAAGCUGGUGUAAAUUCAACCAUCUUGACAUUAGGCAAUACAACUACAACAGCUUGUAUACAUUACUUUUUUUCUUCAUAUGUAACAAAACUUUACCUUCAUCCACCACUUCCAAUUUCUAAAAAAUUAACUUCCACUUCCAUUAAUCCUUAUACAAAAAUCACCAUGGAAACUCAUUCACUUUUUGCCAAACCUAGAUUCACUACUUUACAAUUAAAAGAUUUGAUCCCAACAAUUGGUAAAAGAGCUCUUACUUGGAAAGUAAAGAAAGAUUAUUUAAAAAAUUGUAUAAUAGCAGGAAUUAAUUUACCCAAACAGAGGAGAUUUUGGUUAGAUAUUGAAAGUGCAAAAACUGAUUUUGAGAUGGCAAAAAAGAUGAUUGAAAUAGUUAAGAAAGAUAAUAGAUUGACUAGCUUAUUUUAA